AUCGCUCGCUCACACGCAUCUGACAGGGCGACAAGUUUUCAAUUCACAAGUAAAAAAGUAUUAAAAUUUAGUUACGUAAAACUCCCUCGAUAAUUGGCAGUGACCAUAAAGACAGGGUCCUACGGUAACGAAUGCAUGAAACUUCAGCAGAACUAUAAGAGUCCAUGAAUGAUGAUUUCGUUUGCAUUGAGAACAACAUCAACUGGGCGUGCACGUGCACGUGCAUCACCAAACGGGAAGCACCGACACUCCACAGUCACAGCAUGGACCAAAACCGCGAACCUCAAAAGCAUGUUCGGCAAAUACGUGGACAGAACCAGCGUCUCUAGUUGGAACUCCGUCAUCGCCGACCUCGCCCGAAGCGGCGAUUCCAUGGAAGCUCUCAGCGCCUUCUCGUGCAUGCGCAAGCUCUCUCUGCAUCCCAACCGUUCCACAUUCCCUUGCGCCAUCAAGUCAUGCUCUGCACUCUUUGACCUUCGCUCUGGCAAACAAACCCACCAACAAGCCUUCGUCUUUGGCUUCGCUUCCGACCUAUUCGUUUCCUCUGCGUUGAUCGAUAUGUACUCUAAGUGUGGUCAUUUGACAGAUGCACGUGCACUGUUCGACGAAAUUUCCAACCGAAAUGUGGUGUCUUGGACAUCCAUGAUUGCUGGCUAUGUUCAAAAUGAUCGUGCCCGGGAUGCAAUUUACCUCUUUAAGGAGUUGCUGGUUGAGGAGAGUGGGGAUUUUGGGUCUGAGGAAGAGGUUCUGGUUGAUGCCGUUCUCGUGGGUUCGGUUGUUUCGGCGUGUUCUCGAGUUGGUUUGAAGAGUGUGACUGAAGGGAUUCAUGGUUUUGUGAUCAAGAGGGGGUUUGAGGGGUGUGUGGGGGUUGGGAACACUUUGAUGGAUGCUUAUGCUAGGUGUGGGGAGAUGAGUGUGUCUAGGAAAGUGUUUGAUGGGAUGGAUGUGAAUGAUGCUUAUACUUGGAACUCUAUGAUUGGUGAAUAUGCGCAGAAUGGAUUUUCGGCAGAGGCCCUUUGUGUUUUUGAUGAUAUGGUGAAGAAUGGCGAGGUCAGAUAUAAUGCCGUGACAUUAUCUGCAGUGCUGUUAGCCUGCUCAAAUUUAGGGGCUCUGCAGCUAGGGAAGUGUGUACAUGACCAGGUUAUAAAGAUGGAUUUGGAGGAUAAUGUGUUUAUAGGUACUUCUAUUGUUGAUAUGUACUGCAAAUGUGGGAGAGUUGAGAUGGCAAGGAAGGCAUUUGAUCGCAUGAAAGAGAAGAAUGUUAAGUCAUGGACUGCCAUGAUUGCUGGUUAUGGCAUGCAUGGCCAUGCAAAAGAGGCUAUGGAAGUCUUCUAUAAGAUGAUAAGGUCUGGGGUCAAGCCAAAUUACAUUACUUUUGUGUCAGUUUUAGCUGCUUGCAGCCAUGCUGGUAUGUUUAAAGAAGGCUGGCAUUGGUUUAAUAGAAUGAAAUGUGAAUUUAAUGUUGAACCUGGGAUUGAGCAUUAUUCAUGCAUUGUUGACCUCCUUGGCCGUGCUGGCUAUCUUAAUGAGGCUUAUGAUUUGAUCCAGGAAAUGAAAGUGAGACCAGAUUUUAUAAUCUGGGCUUCCCUUCUUGGGGCUUGUAGGAUUCACAAGAAUGUGGAACUAGGGGAGAUCUCUGCAAGAAAACUAUUUGAGUUAGAUCCAAGUAAUUGUGGGUUCUAUGUGCAGCUUGCCAAUAUUUAUGCUGAUGCUGGAAGGUGGGACGAUGUUGAGAGAAUGAGGAUAUUGAUGAAGAGUCAUGGAUUGCUUAAAACCCCAGGAUUUAGUAUAGUUUAACUCAAAGGUAGGAUCCAUAUAUUUUUCAUUGGGGACAAGGGCAUUCUCAACAUGAGAAGAUUUAUGAGUAUUUGGAAAAAUUAAAUGUCAAGCUGCUAAUUUGGCUAUAUGCCAAAUGUUGCAUUGGUGCUUCAUGAUGUUGACGAGGAAGAGAAAGGAAUGGUUCCAGGAGUUCACAGUGAGAAACUAGCUGUUGCUUUUGGAAUCAUGAAUUCAGUUUCAGUAUCAAUAAUCCAGGUCAUAAAAAAUCUCUGAAUUUGCAGUGAUCGCCACAUUUCAAGGAUGGGUUGUAUUCGUGAGGGGACUAAUGGUGCAGGCGCAGCAAUUGAAUUAAGAGUCAGAAUCUAUGGUGUAGGGUGUACAUUAUUUCAUCAAGACCUGACAUGCCUGUAACUAUUAUUAAGGUCUCUGAAAAUGCAUAAUAUCUAUCUUGAUUUAAUUUGUUUUAGAAAGAAUGGUGGAUCAAUCAGCUCCAGUUUAUAAAGAAAAAAUUUCAGUUGGUCUUUUAGAUGGCUUAUUCAGUUAUUCCCAGCUUGAAACUACAAUGUUAUAGUACUACAAUGAGAGCACUUUAGGACUAUGUGCAGAUAGCAUACAGUAACUGUUUUGAAUUAAAGUGUAUCAUAAAUCCUCAAGAACGUGUAAAAUUGUGCCUAUAAUGGUGUCAGUAGUCCAAGUGCUCAUUUGCUUACUGAAGAACAAAGUAUGUCAUAGCAAAGUUAUUAUAGAAUUUUUUGUCAGAGUUUGUUGCUUGUGUAGAAUACAUGAUUGUGAGGACAUAAAGUCUACAAAAUAUCAUGGAGAGCAACCUCUAAAGAGCUUGCCAAUGGAUCUUCCUCCUGGGCUUGAUAUCUGUGGUUGAUCACGUUCUGAAUCAGCAUUUGAGUGCCUUAAAGAAAUCUGGAGUGCCUUGUUCUCACACUUCAGAGCUUCCACCUCUAACUGAAGCCUUCUUAUGGUUUCUCUCUUUUCAUCAUUUCUUUGGGCCAACUUGACCAACUGUUGCAGAUUAUCCUCUGUAAGUUUUGUAAUUUGAUACUUCAGCAUUGACCACAUAUUGUCAAAUUUGAAAUUGGUCAUUGAUGGAUCUUCAAUUCUCUGAUUUAAUUCCAAAUCCUCAAUCUUCAUAAACACAUUUUCAUUAGUGGAAAAUUCUGUCAGUCUGUCUUCCAUUUGAGUGUCUCUGCAUUCAAGUUCUUGUUUAAGUUUCAUGUUGUAUGGGUCAGCUGACAACAAUCCAUGGCAUUCCUCUUCUUGCUUGUUUAAUCGCUCAAAAUCCAGGUUAGUACCAUCAACUUUGAUAUCAGAACGCUCUGAGGGAGAUUUUGGAUGGUAGUUACUGACCUCAAGUUUUUUAUCCUCUAAGUUACCUGUUGCUCUCUUAUUGCAGAUAGCACAUAUGGUUUUUGAUGUACUAGAUGAUAAGGUUCCUGAGUGAAAGGUAUCAUGAGAUGUUUUGGACUUCAGUUGGCUAUAUGAUAUGGCUAAAACAGGGUAAGAUUGGCCAAAUUCUUCAAGCAUCUGUAUGAGAUGUUCUCUCCAUUUGCAAUGCACAUGUUCUUGGAUUGGAGAAUUUACACCAUGUAAAAUGAUCAUCAUUGCAUCCAAUUUCUCAUCCAAAUCUAAAAUCAAUCAAAUCAUAGGAGUUUGUGAGUGAAAACUGCAAUAUAACCGGUCAAAGACCCUGUGAAGAUUCCAAGAAUGUGUUUACACUCAGGAACUCCUAUAAAUAACAGAAAUCCCAGACUUAAACCCAGAAAUUUGGAUCAGAGGGGUCUCCCUAUGAAGACGGCUAAGGUGUUUUAAGGGGCCAAAAAUGCCUAAUUAGUAAUUAGGAAACCUUAUUAACCGAUAUAACAUUACUUAAUGUACUGUUAGUGUGUUUUUUACUCUGACGCCACUGCCUUUUUACUCGACCUUUGGUUAUAAUACUGCUUAAGUGCUUAUUAAUAUAUCUUGUACAACAUAUACAUUGAAUGUAAUGGCUAUAUGACUGCU